AUAUGUGCACAUUGUACACAAAGCUCUGACCACUAAGAUACAGCGAGGAAUAUCAUCGGACGGUGAAAAGCAGAGAAGCUCACCGGCAUAAAAUGAAUUAAACUGUAGACGAAAAGAAAAGAGAAAGACCCUCCGCUAAAUUUGGUUAAGACACACAGUCAUCAGCCAAGCAAAACACACGCAGGGAGAUCUGAGAAGCAAAGGAGGGAAAAAAGAAAAAGAAAAGGAAACCGUAAUAAGCUAUUUCACAUUUCUAUGAGUCCAGCACAAAACCACGAGUUUAAAGAAUGGUGGAACAAACAGCGCCAGUUUCUAGACCAAUCCGACGACGCUUUGCUCACCGUCGAGAUCCGCAGCCCUUCCACUUCCGAUACCACACUCGACAAAGGUCACACUCGAAGCGCCCGCCAGCUCUCCUGGCUUUGGCUUCUCAAAUUCCAGCAACUCGCUAGCUCCCUCGCGUGGCUCACAAACGCACUCUUUUAUCUCCUCCGCACCGCCAAUCGUAGGAUCUCUAGCUCCGACUCUCCUUCCGAUACUCACUCCUCGCGCUUGUAUAGAAUCAUUAGAGUGUUUUUGAUUCUCGUCAUUUUGUUGCUGUGCUUCGAGUUAGUUGCGUAUUUUAAGGGAUGGCAUUUUAGCCCACCGACGGUGGAGUCUGCUGAGGCCGUGGUAGAGAGAGUGUAUGCCACAUGGUUGGAAAUUAGAGCCAAUUACUUGGCGCCGCCGCUGCAGAGCUUGACCAAUGUGUGCAUCGUUUUAUUCUUCAUACAGUCGGUGGACCGUUUGGUAUUGGUGUUGGGGUGUUUUUGGAUCAAGCUUAGAAAAUUGAAGCCUGUAGCUGCGGAGUAUGGAAAUGUGGAUGGGAAGAGUGUAGAGGAUUAUCCCAUGGUGUUGGUGCAGAUCCCUAUGUGCAAUGAGAGGGAGGUUUACCAACAAUCUAUUGCAGCUGUUUGUAUCCAGGACUGGCCAAAGGAGAGAAUGCUUAUACAGGUUUUAGAUGAUUCUGAUGAGUUAGAUGUUCAACUACUCAUCAAGUCGGAAGUGCAGAAAUGGCAACAAAGAGGUGUGCACAUAUUGUAUAGACAUCGUCUUAUACGCACGGGCUACAAGGCAGGCAACCUCAAAUCGGCAAUGAGCUGUGAUUAUGUAAAAGGUUAUGAAUUUGUGGCAAUCUUUGAUGCAGAUUUCCAGCCAGGACCUGAUUUCUUGAAGAAAACUAUUCCUUACUUCAAGGGGAAUGAUGACCUAGCAUUGGUUCAAACAAGGUGGGCCUUUGUAAACAAGGAUGAGAACUUGCUUACAAGACUGCAGAAUGUAAACUUAUCAUUCCACUUUGAGGUUGAGCAACAAGUCAAUGGUGUCUUUAUAAACUUCUUUGGCUUUAAUGGAACUGCUGGUGUAUGGAGGACUAAAGCCCUUGAGGAAUGUGGUGGAUGGAUGGAACGGACAACUGUUGAAGACAUGGAUAUUGCCGUUCGUGCUCACCUUUGUGGAUGGAAGUUUAUAUAUCUGAAUGAUGUUAAGUGCCUUUGUGAACUUCCAGAGUCCUACGAGGCAUACAAAAAACAGCAGCAUCGCUGGCAUUCAGGUCCAAUGCAGUUGUUCCGCUUGUGCUUCCUUGACAUACUUCGCUCAAAGGUGAGCUUGGGCAAGAAAGCUAAUUUGAUAUUUCUUUUCUUCCUAUUACGGAAGCUUAUCCUACCUUUUUAUUCCUUUACUCUCUUCUGUAUCAUACUGCCACUUACCAUGUUUCUGCCAGAAGCGCAGUUACCAGCCUGGGUUGUUUGUUAUGUCCCUGGGAUUAUGUCUAUCUUGAAUAUCCUUCCAGCACCACGAUCAUUCCCAUUUAUAGUCCCCUACCUUUUAUUUGAAAACACCAUGUCUGUAACCAAAUUCAAUGCCAUGAUAUCAGGAUUGUUUCGAUUUGGAAGUUCUUAUGAGUGGAUAGUUACAAAGAAGUUGGGGAGAUCAUCAGAGGGGGACUUAAUUGCCUUUGCUGAGAAAGAAUCAGAUCAUCUAGUUGAAACUAGUAGUCUCUACAGGUCUUCGUCAGAUACGGGUUUGAAUGAGCUGAACAAGCUAGAAAACAAAAACACUGUGAAAAAGAGAAGGAAUCGUUUGUACAGGAAGGAACUUGCGCUGGCAUUAAUACUGUUAACAGCCUCAGUGAGAAGCUUGUUGUCUGCUCAUGGAAUUCACUUUUACUUCCUGUUAUUUCAAGGGAUCAGUUUCCUAGUUGUUGGUCUUGAUUUGAUUGGGGAACAGGUUAGUUAAAUACGAGAUUCUAAUAUUCCAGUGUCCAGUUGAAAGUGAUGUAGAAGUAUUUGGCCUGCAUGCAGCGUUCGCAAAAAUUUGUAGAUUAGAGCCCUCACCAUAGGAACAUGUUCAUUUGGUUAUAUUGAGGCAAAAUUUGAUUCUUUCGUGCUAUUUGUUCACUUAUUGGGUGAAGGACCAUUGUAUCAUUGUAAUAGUGGUUAGAGUUCCAAUUUGUCUGGGAUGUCGGCGGCGAGAGAACUGUCCGAAAUUGGUGCUGAACAUUUGAUUGAUUUUGGUAGUAGCUCCGAUUUAUAGCUUAAAGAAAGUGUAUACGUAACUGUCAAAUGAGGCAUGCACUAUUAGAUCAUUAAAUAUGUCAUUCUCAUUCUUUAAGCUUUGCUCUUGCUAUUCCUGUUUAGGUCUUGUUUGGACAGGGGUAAUUCAGUUAGGGAACUUGAAAUUUAUAAGUGUAAAAAUUAUUUUUGUUCA